UAUUUAAUAGGCUUUCACUUUCGCAAUUGUCGGAGCAGAGAAGGGGUCAAGGGUUUGAGGAAGGAAGCAGUGAUGGAAUCAUCUUCUUCAAGUUAUCUGAAACCAUGCGCAACAGAGACGAAGAAGAAGAAAGAAGAUUUGGGAAAAGAGAUGGCAGAACCCAUGGAGGUCGUUGUGAAUUCAAAGCGUAAGGCCGAGUUCGAGCCUGAGGAGUACGAGGAGGAGGAUGAGGAGGAGCAGGAUGAAUGGGACGAGAGCGAUGGUGAGAUUAGUCAACCUGAUAUAUUAGAGGCGCCCGAGUGGGAUGUAGACAGCUUCGACGGUGUAGAGUAUUACUCGUCUCCGGAUGUGCAGCUUUCCACUUUAUCCGACGAGGAGGAGGCCAUACAUGACUAUAACAUCAUCAAACGCCAGCUUAUCGACAGCAAGGGUUUUUACGCUGAUACAGGCCUAAAGCAUAUCUAUAAAUACAAAGGAAUCUGUCCAGUGGGUUUGGACCGGAUCGCACUUCCCGACAGAACGUUUCGUGAUUACUGGGAAGAGAUGGUGCAUGUCUGUCUCGAAAGACACAACCGAGACAAGGAUCCCAAGGUGGAGUUCGUUGAAAUCGUGAGAGGUCAUUAUCGCGGAGGACCCAGAUCCAAGUCAUACAUUACCUUUAUGGCCAGGGAGAAGCCAGACGGGCCUCUUGUUGAGUAUCAAGCCAAGGCUAUGGCUACUCUUGAUAGAAAGAGACACCCCAUUCUCUGCAGACCCACUCCUACACCAAACCCUUAAAAACUAUUUAAGUUAUUAUAUGGUAGUUAGUUUGGAUUAGCUUUGUCCACGAAGAAACAUCUAUGUCAUUCAUGAUUUUGGUUUAAAGCUGUGCACCAUCACCUUAUAAUGGGCUAAAACUAGAUUUUGACCCGCCCUUGAAAGGACAGGUAUUAUUUUCAGUUUUAUGAAACAUAUUAUUUGUUUAUAAUUAUUGAAUGUAUUUAUCUUAGUAAAAUCUUCUUUAUAAUAA